AUUUGAUCGAGUGCCCGAGAUCCGCCAUUGCUACUAUAAAUAGUACUGUUCAGAAGUUUAAACUCGAACAAAACAAGAAAGAGCUGAAAAUGAGGAAGAUGUCAAGACGAAAAAACCAAGAACUACAAUCGACAACAGAGAGAGGGAUCAUGCUGAAGAUUCCGAAAUGCUAAGAGAGGCAAUAAAAGUCAGCAAAAGGUGAAAACUAAAAUCAUGGCUGCACAUUACGUUACCGGAGCAAAGACAGAUGAAAUUUUUACCAAUCUGACAGUAUAUUAUGCAGAUAAAAAACAAGAGAAAAAAGAGCAAGCAAAAGACCUGGGUAGAAGUGAACUGCUUCAGGGAUACACCAAAAGAACGAUGGAUCGUAAAGUUGAAAAAUACGAAAAUGUUUUUAAUGACAUGAAAGGAGAAAAUCCAAAAUUACUUCUUAUCGGUAAAGCCGGGAUAGGUAAAACCUUUCUCUGUGAGAAAGUCAUACGAGAUUGGUCUAUGAAUAGAAUAUUUCAAAACGAAAACACUCCUAAUAUUCAGUUCGCCUACCUGUUGAAGUUCCGUCAGCUCAGUAAACAGGGCGACAAAGAGAUUAAUUUACAAGAACUACUGAAUUGUUCGCCCCUUCUUGACGACAAUUCAGUCAUUGACGAUUCAUUAUUUGAACAUUUGAUUCAAAAUCCCUCCAAGGUACUGAUCAUCUUGGACGGGUUUGAUGAAUGUUCAGAACAGCACCGUAAACAAAUCGCUAGCGAUUUUGAGAAAAAAUAUCCAAAUGAUUCCAAAAAAGAAAUGCCAAUCCCUGCACUUUGUUCUAAAUUGAUUAGAGGAAAGCUUUUAAGAAAUGCUGUUGUUCUGGUAUCUUCAAGGCCAGGCAAGGCUGAGGAGUUGGGGAAAAUCAAAUUUGGCCGAUACGUAGAAAUCUCGGGCUUUUCACCUGAACAAGUCAUCGAGUAUGUUGACAAAUAUUUCGGUGGACCAGGAAAAGAACAAACAAGAAACGAUGAUACCAUACCUAGUGAAAUUCGCGCCCGCGGUCCAGAAGCACUGAAAGCGUAUGAAGAAGCCCUUGAAAGUGGAAAAACAAAAAAUCGGCGUUUACUUAUUAUGGUAGUGGGACCGGCGCGCGCAGGAAAGACGAGCUUACUGAAAUCAUUAAACGGAGAAAAGUAUGACCCAAAAGAAGACAGCACUGAUGGGAUUCAGCUGCAGCGCACAUUUUGCAAGUCACAAGAAAACUGUUGGAGUAAGGAAAGUACCAAAGGAAUCUCAUACGCGGACUGCAUGGCCGACAUUAUUCAUAAAAAUCUUCAAGGCGGAGAUGACAGCGAAGAAAUACACGAUAAGAACUUUGCUAAAGCCAGACUGAAGGAGUCCACAGAAAAGUCGGUAGAAUCCAGUGAAAGUCUCUCAAAGAAUGAUGACGAUGAUCGCGACGAGGAUCACGAUAAUGAUGAUGACGCAGUUGAAGAUGAUGACGUGGAUGAAGAUGAUGAAGCGGAUGAUGAUGAUGACGCGCAUGGUAAUGAUGAUGACAAAAUGAAUGCGAUUAAAGUCGAGUCUGAAGAAAUGAAUGAAGAAGCUAACGAAGAGCGGGAAAACCAAGAAUAUAUAAGCGAGAAAAGUGCCGCAAAUCUCCCAAAACCUAUUGAAGAAAAAUUAAUCAAGUUAAUGGGUUCCAAAAUGAGUGAUAAGACGAACCGAGAGAAUGAAGUGUAUAUUAAAUCGCUAGACUUUGCUGGUCAGGCUGUCUACAAUGUCAUCCAUCCCAUAUUUCUAACUUCAAAAGCAGUUUUCAUUCUAGUUUAUAAUUUGAAAAAUGUUCCACAUGAUCUCAUGAAAUCCAUAGUCCAGGAAGAUGGCGCAGAAAGAGAACUCGUAGAUCCCUUUGAGAUGACAAACAUGGAAAAUCUGGAGUUAUGGUUGUCCUGCAUUUCUUCCUAUACGGAUAUACAGAGAAUGGCAAAAAUAGACGAAUUGUCAUUGCCUCCUGUUUUCCUAGCCGGGACUCACGCAGACAGAUUUGACGGUAAUCUUGAAGCUGCAAGAAAGAUCAUCCGAGAAAUAUACAAAUCUCUAAGUCCAAGCAAAAACCCAUCUGGCAGUCAUGUUGUGAGGAACGAAAUCUACACCGUGAAUAACAGCGUAUCUGGUAAUGGAGAAAUAAACGAUGAGGUCGUCAGAAAACUCAAGGCAGAUGUUGAGGAUUUGUCAAAGUCUCUUCCACAUAUGAAUGAAGAUAUUCCUAUCAACUGGCUGUGGUUUGAAGAAGAGCUGUCAAACCUUGUAGAGAAUGAAAACAAGAAAUACAUUACAAUCGAUGAAGCUUUGAAGAUAGUCAAUGAGUGUAAGGUGAACACAAGUGCCGAAUCCAAAGAGUUCUUCACGUUGUUAAACUAUUUGCACGACUCGAAGACUGUUAUUUACUUUGAGGAAACUAAGAAAGUAUUCAUUGAUACGGAAUGGCUGGUCAAAGUGUUUACAAAGGUCAUCGAGGUCAGGCCGGUUGAGAAACGAGAUGGCUUUGACGAGUCCUGGGAUAAACUGGAAGAGAAAGGUGUCUUGGACAGAGCCUUGGUGGAACACGUAUGGAAAGGCUUAGUUGAUGAACGAAACACAAUUGAUUCUCUCCUUUUAAUUAUGGAGAAGUUCUCACUUAUUUGUCGUUGGAAUACUAGCGAAGGAGAAGAAGUGUACCUUGUUCCAUGCAUGUUGUGUAACAGCGAGAAGCGAGAAGACAUCGCGAAGUGUCUAGAACAUGAGAAGUCGUCAACAAUGGUCAUUCGUUUUAAUACUUCCCAUGUAUCGCUAGGUAUAUUUCCUAGGCUUUUUGUGGCCAUUGCUGAAGAAUUAAAGAAAAUAUGGCCAAAUCUAGAAAAACCAGAACUUCACAAAAAUUUCUGCAGGAUUUUCGAGAUUGGCAAAGAAAGAAACCUUGAUAUUUGUAUCAUUCAGUCAAGCUUUCAAACAAUCUGUGUAACAGUCUGCAACAUACAGAACAUCGAUGGGCAACAAGUCACUGAGUUUUGCCAGGACUUUCGUAAAUUGCUUGAUCAAAUCUUUGAUGAGAUGUGGCGAAACUUUCCUUGGAUGCAAAACAUGACAUUCGAGUAUGGAAUACUCUGUCCUGUUUGUACAACCUCGUCAAACAAAUGUAAGUCUCACGGUAUGGAGGGAUGCACCCAGGAUACGUGCCUUCACUUUGUGAACGAAAAAGAGUUGAGCGUUGAUACACCGAAGUGCAAGAAGUACGUUGCAAAUCUAGAUAACGUGAUUGAGGAGAAGGCAUAUGUAUACUGGUUCCCAAGACAAGCUCACCAACUGCAAGUUGAAAAAUUUGGAAGAUGUGGAAAUUUUGCCUCGAAUCAUAAAUAUCAGGUGCCUGUUACAGAUUUGCAAGAAACUCUCAACGGAAUGAAACCAUCUAUUGGUGCAAUAAUUGCUAUAAAUAUUAGUAAUGUGCCAGCGUGCGGGGCAACUUGUUUCAGAAUUGGAACCAAGUAUGUUAUUACAAACAAGCAUGUCAUUGAUGACUUAUGUAAAUCGGGUAUCCAAUCAUGGAGUAGCUGUUACGUUGACUUUAACUAUAACGAACGAGGUCAACCUGGCUAUCGUGUUGAUUUCGCACCUAACCCCGUAUCGUUCAUCUGUGAAGAGCUGGACUAUGUCAUUCUCGAGAUGUGCUCAAAAAAUGGUAAUCGUUUACCUCCGAGUGUAACUGACCUAGGUUAUAAUAUUGCCCCACCUGGUCACCAGCUUAAAAGUGGAGAAUAUUUAACGUUUAUUGGGCACCCUGGAGAACGUAGAAAGCAAAUAGAUGUCACCUGUCCAAUCAAGCUUCAACAAGAUAUUCAAAAAGAUCUACAUAAAUAUGAUGCUAGCACCGUAAGCCUGAUACUAGAGGCCUGCAAUCAUCCAGAUCAUGCUACCUACGAUGUAAGCACUUUCUUCGAAGGGGCUUCUGGAUCUCCUGGGAUUUUGAUGGAGAAAAAGCUAUUGGUGGUUCUCCACAAAGGGGGAUUUGAAAAUCGCGCAUUAGAAUUUGGCAUUUUAAUGUCGUCUGUUGUCAAAGAUGUUAUGACAAAGAUAGGAAAUGCUCCAAUUCAAAACGCGCUGGAUGACAUUUUUGGUGGUUCGACUUCCUCAAUAUUUGACCAGCGCUCCUUGGUACCCCUUUCAGAAUCCGAGCGGAACACCCCUACCCAAAUUCUGGGGGAGUACCCUACCCCCCCCGGGGGUAUGACAUGCCGUAACAUUGAAAAUCUUAACGCGUAGUUACGUGCGUAUGGGAUGUCACAGAAAUGUCUUGAUUGACAUCCACCAUAAACCUACUUCUUCGUGAAUGACUAUAACAGUAUAUUAUUAGACACCUAUUGUAAAUUGAUAAUUGCAUUGUUCAUAUACGCUCGGACAACCAGGUAAAGUGAAGGCAGUCUCAAUCAUAGAUUGUCCAUGCAAGCGACGUGUAUGGUCGCUUUAUUAUAGGUGACACUUGCUUGAUAUCAAUAUAGAUAUUAACUAUGAAUAUCUGUAUUAUCUAUUUAAAUCAAACGCUGGACAUUUUAUUAUAGAGCAGUUACGCUAUGGAAUAAGCUAGACCAAUCAAUUAAAUUACGGUGGCUGCCUACUUUUGAACGUUCGCUUUGAGCCCACGAUGUGCGCGCGCUCAAAAACCGCUGAAAAAUCUACAAGAUUUUAUUGAAGAACCAUACGCGUUUUGAGCUUCAACAGGGCAAA